AUGCAGUCUCCUCGAUCGGUUUGUGAUCUCAUAUACUCGGAACCAAUUGCUACCCUAUUGCACACGUUCAACCAUUCACAACUUUCUGCCCCGGCCAAUUACACCGAUUCGGAAUCUUUAAACGAUUUGGAAACCCUCAGUUCCCGAUUUGACAUAUUGGAUCCGGUUAGUCCACAAAUAUGUCAGGUCAUACACGUCAUUAUCUAUUACGUGCCUCCGGUUCUAUUUAUUAUGGGGACAUUUGGCAAUGUACUAUCAUUUUUAGUUCUUUCCAGACGAUCCGUCCUCUAUCCGUCUUCCUACAUCUAUCUUGCUGUGCUUGCACUGGUUGACGAGUGUGUGCUCCUUGUCGGCCUGUUCCGACAAUGGACCGAUCGUUUGGCCGGUCGACGAUUAGAAGAUCGUCAUUGGGUAUUGUGCAAAGUGUUAAAUUUUACCGGUGUCACUGCCAGUUGUCUUUCCGUAUGGAUUAUUGUGGCGGUCACAGUCGAACGUGCCCUAGUCAUCAUACUACCACUGCAUUCCACCCAGGCAAAACGUAUGAAACGAUCGAAAAUC